AUAGUUUAUAAACAGUGACGAGCAAUUUGCUGUUGCAAGCGGAAUUAUUCCAACUAAAACACAGACAGAGUGUAAUUUACGAAUCGCUUUUUUAAUUCUCUUCCGAUUGCCGGUAAUAUUUUGAUCGAACCAGAUUUAAUUGAAGGCAGAGGCUGAGGUGCAAUAUUUUACCAAGCAAAAACAAAGAUUUCAAUCACCGACUACAAUGUCUUUCAUCCUAACUAACAUACCCGAUCGAGUUACAAUGCUACCAAACGAGACAACCAAAGCGAAAGUGAAUCUCGGUUACAAAGACAUGCGCACCAAGUAUAUCGAUUUUGUGAAGAACUACAAUGUGGCGAAGACGGCUGGUGCCAUUACGCUAAAUGCCAACGAAAUGGAUGCGUUGCGAAAACUGAACGAUAUGUGGAAAAGUGCGACCGCAGAAUCUAAGUUCUUUUUCGAGAUGGAAGAACUUCACGAUCAGCUGAACGACAAAUUUUUGGAUGCAUCCCAGGACGAUGUUAGCGCUGCGUGGAGUGAUUAUGUUAAGGUUUAUUCGGAUUGGUUGGGAAUGCUGGUUAUGUCGAGUGCAACCAUGUUCGAAGUGAAACUCUGAAAGGGAUGCUGGAUGCAGAUUCUUUGAUCGGUCUUAGAAGAAACCGUUUUUCGAAAAAUUCUCUAAUGUGUCCGGAACAGCUUUUUCCGUGAAAUAAAACCACUUUUUCGUACAAUAAUUUAGAUAAAAAUAUUUUAUUAAAAUAACGAGCUACACGUACCCGAUAAACAAAAAUCUGAUAAAUCGUAAUCGUUGAAGUAAUACCGUCAACAACAUUCCUGUUUCCUGUUAUGCAAAUGUCAUGUCCACACUGCUGUGUGAUCAAUACAAUAUCGAUUCAAACAAAAAACGAAAUUACAAUU